UUCCUUCGCGUCCUUCAAUUUAUAUAAUUAUUAACUUUUCAUUUCAAUUUGAAGGAUGAAUUCCCUUCAUUCGGUUUCAGCAGCGAUUGUCUAUACUCAAUGCGACCCAAUUCGCAAACCCCUUUCCUUCUACAAAGCCAAAACCAAACCUCACAAUCUCAGUUGCUCCUUUCGCCACCCUUCUAAUAAGCUAAGAGUUUCAGCCCUCAAAAGCGACCCGCCCGAGUCGCAUCACACUCGUAACUUUGCCGAUGACGAAAGAGCAGAGAAAUUCCCAUUGCGUCAAAAAGAUGCAAAUUUUGAUUCGGGAUGGUUGCCUGCAUUUCCCCACGUUCUUGUUGCUUCCAUGUCCAAUUUUAUAUUUGGGUAUCACAUUGGAGUCAUGAAUGGUCCUAUUGUUUCCAUUGCUCGGGAGCUUGGUUUUGAAGGAAACUCUUUGAUCGAGGGACUCGUGGUCAGUAUAUUUAUUGCUGGUGCAUUUAUAGGGAGCAUAAGUUCUGGUUCGUUGGUGGAUAGACUUGGUUGUCGGCUCACAUUUCAGAUUGAUAGCAUACCCUUAAUCCUUGGGGCAAUAAUAAGUGCACAAGCUCACUCCUUGAAUGAGAUAAUUGGGGGAAGACUUCUUGUUGGUUUUGGUAUAGGUGUUAAUACGGUUCUUGUUCCAAUAUAUAUCUCCGAGGUAGCUCCAACAAAAUAUAGGGGUGCCUUGGGGUCUUUAUGUCAAAUUGGCACUUGCCUUGGCAUUAUUACUUCACUAAUUCUUGGAAUACCCUCUAAGAAUGAUCCACAUUGGUGGAGGACAAUGCUGUAUAUUGCUAGCAUCCCAGGUAUUCUGGUUGCAAUCGGUAUGCAGUUUACCGUUGAUAGUCCAAGGUGGCUUUGCAAGGCUGGGAGAAUAAAUGAUGCUAAAACAAUAAUACGUGAGCUUUGGGGGGAGUCCAAAAUUGAUAGCGCAAUUGAGGAAUUUCAAUCAGUCUGCAACAAUGAUGGCUGCGAUUCGGAUAGCAGAUGGUCAGAGAUCUUGGAGGAGCCACAUUCUAGAGUUGCCUUUAUUGGAGGUGCUCUUUUUGUACUGCAGCAGUUUGCAGGCAUUAAUGGAGUUCUUUAUUUUUCAUCGUUGACCUUUCAAGAAGUUGGAGUUGAAAGUAGUGCUGUAGCAAGCUUGUUUGUUGGGCUUACUAAUUUUGCAGGUGCUGUUUGUGCAUUAUACUUAAUUGAUAGGGAAGGGAGACAGAAACUUCUAAUAGGAAGCUACCUAGGAAUGGCAAUUUCAAUGUUUCUUGUGUCCUCUGCUAUCUUCUGUCCAUUGGACGAGCAACUCAGCAACAACUUAUCAAUACUGGGAACUAUUUUGAUCUCUAACACGCCCAUCACGAUGAGGAAUGAACAUCUUGAGCAUGGGAGGAUAUAUUUACAUGUGGUCUAACAAGAGUUCGAUAAGAGUGGCAUAACAGCCCCAAAGAACUUGACUACGAUAGGCUCUGAAUAGUUUUGUUAUCAUCUUAAUAAGUGGAUUUAUGCUUAACUCAAUAUCCGUUUUAUCUUAAUAGUAUUGUUACCAUCUUAAUAAGUGGAUUUAUGCUUAACUCAAUAUCUCAAAACGGACUUGUAAAGUGAGAAUUAUACUUCAUUUAUAAAUUAUAAUCUAGCAUUAUUCUUAGUCAAUGUGGGAUCUGCAUUAGUAACAGAAAACUAAUAACCAAGGAGUCAGUUUUUCAACUGCUUUAUAUACAAUAUUCACACAUAUAGCAUUGCAACAUUAAGCAAUGGCCACUAUUAGGCAAUGAAAUACCAUGAUGUUUUUCCUAAUUCAUUAAUCACAUUUAAAAUGUAUUUUCUUUAAAAUUUAGCAUAAUUCCUUUAUUAUUUAUUAACAUGAACAUAGAUGAUAACUUGAAGAUUUUCCUCGUUUUUAUAUUUUCUACAAGAUUCAGACUAGGAAGGCCCACUUUUCCUUUAUAUUAUU